ACCCCGCCCCCCCUCCUCAGUGUGCCUCUGACAGCGGCCAAGGGUGGACGCAUCCUACGUCGCUCCCGACUCCCAACCCAACCUCCCGACCCGUGCUCACUACAGAGUUUGUCUCACCCACUUGUCUCGUUUUGUGUGUCUUUGCGAGAGUUACUCCACGAACGCAGUGGUUAAUAUUAAUUACAAGAACCACAGUUCUAUGUAUUUCCACUAUGAAAUUUAAACAUAAGAUAUGGUAAUUGACACGUGGAGGUGAGGCAACAGUGCACUUCAGAAUGAGAAAUCCCAAAACUAAGAAAUUUGUGUCGGUGUUGUAACGUGGAGAGUGAGGGAGAAAAUAUACGAGUGGUGGUGCACAGGUGAAGAGCCCACAGCCUGAGAGCCCUGGACCCCCUUACCUGGAAGUAUAGCUGAGGUGGGGAGCAGGUGUAGCUGUGGUGGCUUGAGGGAACAAAGACACCUGGAGACCUGUAGUGAUAUGUGUGUGUGAUUCUCAACGUUAUUCCGCCAAAAUCUUAACAGUGUCGUGGGUUUGUUCUGGACUACAACUUCGUCCCACAAUCCAAGCGGCCACUUGUGUUGUGUACACCUGGUGGUCAAAAGUUCACUCCCUCCCAAACUAAAGCAGAAUCGACCCCAAACGAGAUCAAACAACACACCGGCACCAGAUGACAGUCAGGAUGGCGAACUGUGUAGGUGAUCGAUGCCACUGGAGGAAGAGAUGUUGGCAGUGGAGGAAGAUAAGCAUAUGGUUCCUCCUGGCGAUAGCGUUGACGGAGGGAGAACAGAAAUUCGCCAACCAGCCGUCGCCACAGACAGCAGUGAUCGGGUCGACGGUGGUGCUACCCUGCCGGAUCAUCAACAAGGUCGGAGUCUUACAGUGGACGAGGGACGAUUUCGGCCUAGGCAACGAGAGGGAGCUGUAUGCCUUCAAGCGAUACACCAUGAUAGGCUCAGACGAGGAAGGAGACUUUAGCCUACGAAUCAGUCCUGUCACCUUGGAGGACGACUCCUACUUCCAGUGUCAGGUGACAGGAUGGAAGGACAUCCCCGGCGUGAGGUCCCAGACGGCCAAACUGACAGUAUACGUGCCCCCGGAAUCCCCAGAGAUCACCCAGGGCCCCGUCGUCACCACUACAGCAGGGGCGGGGGUGCAGCUUACCUGUGUCUCCAGAGGGGGGAAACCUGCAGCCGAGAUCCAGUGGCUGGACGGGUCAGGCAGGUGGGGUCUAGAUCAACCUCCAAAUCUACUCAGCUGUGAAUGGCAGACUACCGACGCAGUUGCCAAAGUGAAGGCGGUCAAGUGCAUGCCGGUGCGGCUGGAGGUGAGCUACCCGCCGGAGGUGACCAUCACACACGACCAAGACGGCUACCGAGAGCCAGACCGCCACCCUCACCUGCUCCGCCUCCGGCAACCCCUCCGUCCUCUCCUACAGGUGGUGGCUUUUACUUUUGUGAUCAAUGACGCGAUUUAUUUUAUUGAGCUCAAAAUAUCUCAUCCUAAAUGGUACCGUAAUGGGCAGCUGGUGCAGGACAACAACUCGACGCAGCUGGUGGUAGAAGACGUAACGAGGGACAGUAACUUGGAGGACAUCACGUGUGAGGUGUCCAACGAUGUGGGCUCCUCCAGGAAGAUCACCAGGCUCUCCAUACACUACGGUCCAUCAUUCAGCGUGCCGCCGAGUGACCAGUACGCCGAGCUGGGGGAGAACGUGACCCUAAGAUGUCAAGUGGACUCCAUGCCAGACCCGACCAUCGUGUGGAUCAACCAGCAAUCACAGACGGUGGUGGGUAAAGGCUCAGAGCUACAUAUCAAGGUCACUAAGAACAACGUCGGCGCCUACCUCUGUAUCGCCAAGGUCGAAGGCUUCCCAGAAAUCUCCGGUACCGUCGGGGUGUUCCUAAAGGGUCCGCCGCAGGUACGCUCAGAGAGAAUACAGUGGGGAAGCAGGGAGACACGGUGUUGGUGGAGUGUCUUAUCACCGCCGCCUCCGCCCGUUCCGUCACCGUCACCUGGACACACAACGGAGCUGAGGUCGACCUGGGGACGUGACAACACAGGGCGCCUGCACACCCUGGUCAUACGUAACGCGCAGCUGAAGGAUUUCGGUGCUUACAACUGCUCGGUUCAGAACGCCUUUGGCUCUGAUGUCUUCGAAGUUAUUCUCAAUAAGAAAAGUAAGUGUAUAUUAUCUUCGUGCUUCUUGUUUGUUGUUUUUUGUUGUUGUUCAUGGUUCAUUUUGUCCUUCAAAUAA